UUGACGGGGAAGAAAUUCAAACUCAAGUGUUCUCUCUGUCUCUCUGUGUCUGAGAUCGAAUGGCGGCGAAGCAAAUGGAAGAGGUGCAGAGGAAACUGACGAUGCUGAACUAUCCAAGAGCCAACGCGCCGGCUCAGUCCCUCCUCUUCGCCGGGAUGGAGCGCUACGCCCUUCUCGAAUGGCUCUUCUUCAAGCUGUUAGGUGACAAGUCCCCGUUUUCUCAACAGAAUCUGCAAGGGGACGCCAUGGAUCGCGACGAGGAGACCGCCCGCAUCCAGUAUUUGGCAGAGAUUGCAAAGUUUCUGGGUAUUACCUCAAGUAUUGAUACAGAAGCAAUUCAAGGACGAGGAAGCUAUGAAGAGCGUGCUGAAAUGCUACGUAUCAUCGUGGAUCUUGUAGAAGCAUGCAUCUAUGCUGAUAACUCUGAGUGGAGUGUCGAUGAGCAGGUCGCAAAAGACAUACAAUUAAUAGAUGCCAUUGCUGAAAAACAAGCUCAGAUUUUCUCUGAAGAAUGCAAGUUGUUCCCAGCAGAUGUGCAGAUUCAGUCCAUAUAUCCAUUACCAGAUAUUUCUGAUUUGGAAAAACAACUGGCUGACCAAUCAAAUAGACUGUUGAAUCUCCGAGAAAUGGUAGAUGAUUUGGCAUCAAAGCAUGCGUAUAAUCCUGAUGAGAACUAUGCAGAGGUGGAAGUAAAAUUACGAGCACAUCUGGAAUCUUUCUUAGAAACUGCAAGAUCCUUCAACGUGAUUUAUACCAAGGAAAUUCGUCCUUGGACACAUAUGAUGGAGGUACCACAGCUUCACGGGUUUGGCCCGGCUGCUAAUCGCUUGUUGGAGGCAUACAAGAUGCUCUUGAAGUUUCUGGGAAAUUUGAGGAAUCUCCGAGACUCACAUGCAGCAGUGGCUGUUGGAUCAUCUGAAGCAGUUGCUGGCGAGCCUUCUUCUAUCACGAGAAUAAUCUCGGAGUGUGAAUCUGCAUUAACAUUCUUGAACCGUGAUCUUGGAAUUUUAUCUGCUUCUAUUGCUCGAGAGCAAGGUGAAGAGGUGAAACUCUGAUGGACAUUAUCAUAAAAGCAGAAGGGAACUAUUCAAGGACACUCAUCUCAUAUGCAAUUUUUCCAAUGAAUGAUUGGAUGACUCAACAUUUAAUGCCGAAAGUAGCAAGCAAGCAACCGCUUGAAAUACCUUUCUUUCCCCCCUGCAAAUAAAGAAUAUCAGAGUGCUAUUUGUUGUCUUUGUCGUGGAUUGAGCAGCAAUGGUUGGCCAAGUGAUGGUUCAAUUCUUGUUUGUGCAGUGAAUUUUUUUAAAAUUAAGCAACCGGUUUGUUUGCCAAAUAGAUUGUUCUUCUGUGUAAUGGUGUUGAGGGUGACUUGGUGUGAGAAUGGAUUGUCUGGUGCAGGUUUAUGUCGAUAUCCAGAUGCUCUGUUUUUUUGUCAAUUAAUCAAUUAGAAACACUUGAGCUCCAUCUUGAUUAUA